AUGACAACAAAAGAUAGAUACCCAGGUCUGGGAAGAUCUCCUGCAAUGUUUACUAAAUCUUCCUUACCGACCAACGAAGAACUACCAUUCCUUCCCCCAUUACCUGAUACCCCUCAACACGCCUACAAAUCAUAUCUCUCUGAAGAUCACGUGCUCAAAGCCAAGACACCGCUGACUAGGCAGUUAUGGGAAGACCGAUCAAACUCACCUGUGGAGACUAUUGUUGGUGGAAUGAAAAGGACUGAAAGUUCGAGGAAAUGGGAUGUAGAAGUUGAUUAUCCUGUCUUGACUACUCGACAAAGUGUGUUCAAUACCCCUUUACCAAUCAAUAGGAUUUCGAGUGGAGAUUACUUCAGGCCCGCUAGCAGGACACCGUCGCCGCCUAAGGCCAAAGACCAAUCACCCACACCGGAAAUCAUCGAUAAACAGUUCAUUCAACAUGAUCAGGUCCUUACACCGCAUCUUCAAAUUAACUCUGGAAUCCCCGAUACCGAGAAGCAGGCUGGUGAUCACCUGAUCCCACCUUCCAAACCGAUAGACGACAUACAACCGGUAUCAUCACCCGUUAAAGCAACUGAACCCGCCCAACAACAACCUAGAAUAUCGGCAUCAUUCAACCUUCCGACUUAUAUCGCUGAAGCCUCUCUACUCGCAGAGGAAUCAUUGAUGGGUGGAGCAGCAAGUAGUGCAGAUGGUGACAGCUUCCAUCUGGGCAUAGAUAAGCUUAGGCCUAAGAGGGCUUCAAGUGAGGAAACGGAAGGAUCAGAGAAAGAGGAGUCUCCACCAACUUCAGACACAUCCCCAAAACCACUUUCGACCAAAUCUACCUUCCUAAAUCCACUUCAACAGCAAAACCCUCUUGAUCAAUCUACUCUCUUACCUCGUUCCCCAGCGAAGACGUCUCACCUGCUCGAAACCAAAAAUGCCAUUUCCAACGUCGAACCUCCUUGGUCAGACGAUUCUCAGCUGUACGGAUCUUCCAUAUCGUCAAGAGAAAACUCCAUCUCACCUGAAAAAUACUCCUCUCCUUAUAGAACACUCUCGUCCCUACCUCAUUCAACUGGCAUGAGAGGAUUUCCAACAUCUUCUUCGUCACACUCGAUGAUCACUACUCUACCAAAAAUCAAAAGAACUUUCCCUCCAUCCUCGUCGGGUCAAUCAUUAUCUUCGGUUUGCGAAGAUGAAUACCACUUCGAGGGUGAAGUUAGUACCCUUUUACCUGUCAGUCCAAUGAAGACUGCUCAUCCAUUGACAGAUGCGGAAUUGAUAAGUAAAGAAAAGUUAGAAGAACAAGAAUCAAGUUUCAGAUUACCUGUACCUACUAAAGCUACACCUUAUAAACCUUCUUUCAUGAGUAAAACACCUAGAAAAUCACCACCUGCCAAGAUGAGCCCUAUCAAAACUAUUGUCACCGCUCAUAAAUACACCCACCCUCAGAGGGAUGUAAGAGACGAACAAGGGGAUAUCACAUUAGACGUGAAGGAAUUGUUAGCGAAAGUCAACAAACCGAAAAGAGCUUCCGGGACAGAAGAAAGCUUUGUGGAUCUGUUACAUGAUGAAUUUAUGCCUGAUGGAUUGGACGCCUCUAUGAUAGGCCCUGACGAAUCGAUGUUACCUCCCUCACUCCGCCCGCGAGGACACCGAGGGAACAGCACAAGUCCUAUCAAAGCUUCUUCGUACGCCAGUCCUAUACGACCAACCAGAACUACAGCAGCGGCGUUAUCUGUCACUUCGAGAACGAUCGAAGUGGCUGAAACCUCAAGUCCGAUCAAGCACUUCCCUUCUCAGAUAACUCACAAUCUCGCUAGUCAGGCUGAAGAACCAUCUGGAGAGCCGAAACAACAGACUAUCAGCCGAUCAAAGAGUCUUUCGAGAGUAGCAGAGAUCAUCGAGCGAGUCAAAUCUGAACGUGCUGCCACUCAACAUACUCAACCCCCCAAAGCUGUGAAUAACCAUGAGAAAGAAGAAGUGUUAGCUGCCUCGCCUCCUAAAACCGCCGUUAGGACUCGAACAUACACUACCAUCACAACUCCAGCUACUUCCACCGCUAGACCGAGGAACAGUAUGAUGCCUCCUCCAGCUGCUUCAAAAAGGAUAUCUCUUUCCGCUGGAGCUUUACCCAUGGCUGGGAGCGCAUCACACAAGUCCGUCGACUUACCUCCUGCUAGGACUGCUCCUCGAGUUUCGACUAUAGCAAGCAAACGACCGACGACCACGACCAUUGCCACUCGACCUACAGCUAAUACCACUUCUGCAAGAUUGGCUAGUACUGGUACUGCCAGAGCACCUGUGUCCUCUCGAACAAGUAUGGCGCCUCCUACUUCCCGAGUCGAUCCUAGAGUUCGUCCUGGCUCAACAUCCAGUACUGUCUCUUCCUCAGCUACUAUUCCUUCGCUUCCUACUUCACGAACGACUAGACCAUCUACUACAGUAGCUUUACCCUCUACUGGAUCAACCGCUACCACCAUAAGCUCUAAAGUCGCCAGACUAUCGACUGUCAGUCGACUGAAUGGGUUAGCAAAACCCGCCGAUGGUCCCACCGCAAGAUCCGCACCUGCUCCUGUACCUAGAUCAACGAGGGUAUCAAGACCAUUCGGUACUGAUGCCAGUUCAACUACUAAUCGAACUUCAGCUAUACCACCUAGAUCAAGUAAACUCUCCACUGGACCUUCUUCGAGUACUGCAAGAUUAGCGGAGGGUACGAAAUCCAGGGCGAUGUCUACUCCCGCUUCGGCCACUGUAUUUAAGGCUACAACUACAGAUAGAGUCCCUCCUCUACCUACUCCUCGAAUUACUCGACCCUCUACAAUUAUUACCACUGCGGCAAGAGAAGGUAUGAAGAAAAGCUCGUUACCGCCUCCAUUGACUGGGACAAACGCAGGUGUCCAGAGAAGCAGGAUCGGCAGUACUACUACCAAUACUGCCGCAGGGGGAUUACCUAGACCUUCGACCAGACCUACCUCUACGGCAGGAAAAAGCUCCGCGCCGCCCACUAUAACGGGCACGAGGCCGGGCACGGGGACGGGCUUGAGUGCACUUAGAGAGAGGCUGGAUAAAUUCCAUGCUAGGCAAGUUAGAUAA